AUGAUACACCGCAUCAAAAAAUCUAAUGGUGAUUGGGUGGGCACAAAUGCUGAUAUAGCAAGUGAGGCAAUCACUUAUCUCUCUGAUUUCUUCACGGGCUCUUUGGAAUCGUCUUCUGAAAUGUGGCAUCUAAUUCUAUCCAUGAUCUCAGAGGAGGACAAUGUAAAAUUGGAGGCAGUACCUUCGAUUAAGGAGGUCUAUCGAGUUGUAAGGUCAAUGGAUGGGGACAGUGCUGCUGGUCCAAAUGGAUUCGCAGGCAAAUUUUUUACAUACGCGUGGGAAGUGGUCGCCCAAGAUGUCUACAAGGCGGUACUUAGUUUCUUCUGUGGUGCAGAAUUGCCUCGAUUCAUCACCUCUACUUCCAUUAUAUUAAUUCCAGAGAUGCCAAACCCUCAGGACUUUUCUCAAUUUAGGCCCAUCAGUCUGUGUAAUUUCUUCAACAAGUUGCUAUCCCGUAUCUUAGCGGAUAGAGUGGCUUGUGUGUUGCCAAAAAUUAUCUCUCCCCAACAGACAGGUUUUGUCAAAAGUUGUAAUAUAACAGAAAACUUUCUGCUAGUUCAGGAGGUAAUAUCGGGUAUUGGGAAAAAGACUAGAGGUGGCAAUGUGGUAAUGAAGCUUGACAUGUCUAAGGCGUAUGACCGGGUGGCAUGGGGUCAUAUUAUUGGUAUUCUGAGGAGAUUUGGAUUCGGGGAAAUAUUUAUUGAUUUGAUCCUCCUAUUCUUUAAAAGCUAUCAUGCAGGUACUAGAGAUGUAUCAAAGGUGUUGGAGACAGCUGAUAAAUGUUGGAAAAAGCUGCUACUUAGUUCAUUCGUCGAUGUCACUGGCGAGACGACGGGUGAUCGAAUGUCUCAAUACAUUUGCCCGGAAGUCAUUUCCCAUACGUUAUCUAGGGUUCCUGCUCUAUUUUGGAAGGUGCAAAUCAUCAUAUUUUGGGGAAGUAUGUCAAUCUAUUCUAGCAAGGAUUAUGUCAUUGAAAUCAAGACUGCUUUCCUUUGGAGGCAAGAUAGUGCUAAUCAAGCAUGUAUUGGCAUCAAUGCCAGUACAUCUGAUGUCAGCUGCAGUGAUACCGGAAAAGGGUUGUCGUUGUGGGCUACAUUCAUGAAAGCAAAUUACUGUAGACAUCUCCAUCAUUGUCAGGUAGAACUUAGGGCAAUGGACUCGGCACUCUGGCGGAGGAUAGUGAAUGUAAGUCGACAAGUAGAGCUCUCUAUGCUAUGGGUGGUCAAAUACGGAGCAUGUCAUUUUUGGUACGACAAUUGGUUGGGGGAUGGUGCUUUGUUCCUCCGAGCAACGGUUGUCCCAAAUUUAUCGUUCGAAAAUUUCAUUAUCAAUGGGCAUUGGGAUGUAAAUAUGUUAUGUCAGACAUUGCUAAACGAAAUGGUGCCCUCCAUUCUAGACCACCCAGUCCCGGAAGAAGGGGGUGAAGCUGAAGUGAUUUGGAUGUCCACGACAUCUGGAAAAUUCUCUCUAAAUUCAGUUUUUCGGGAUAUUAGACAAGCCCGUAACACGUCGAUGGUAUUUGAGAGGAUCUGGCAUCCUAGGCUUCCUCUGAAAGUUUCAUUUUUCAUGUUGCGAUUGUUGAUGGAGAGGUUUCCGGUACCGGAUAGAUUAUAUAAACUUGGUUUUCAAUUACCUUCAAAAUGUUUUUGUUGUCAUUCAUCAUCUCAGGAGUCAAUUGAGCAUUUAUUCUCCAAUGGCGAUAUAGCCUCGGAAGUUUGGAAUUAUUUUGGAGGAGCAUGUGGUUUGGAAUUCCCAGCAUCAUCCUUGAGGCCUCGCAUAGUGAGUUGGUGGUUGAGUUCACAUGAUUCUGAGAUACGACGAUUUAUUGGACAUAUUAUUCCCAGUAUAGUUGUUGGCAGAUUUGGAAGGCAAGAAAUAAAACAAUGUUUGAGGGCGCCCAGAUGA